CCAUUUUCCACACCCUAAUCACUCACUCUCUCACUCACUCUCUUCUCCGAUCCCCUUCUCGUGUUCCUUUCUCUUUUUCGCCUAACCAUAAACCAAUAAGCAAUAACAAUGGCACCCUUCUUUAACAAACUCCUAUUAACCCUCUCUCUCUUCUCUCUUAUAAUAUCCCCUCAACGCUCUCUCUCAUCCUCCAUUCACGACCUUCUCCGUUCAAAAGGGUUGCCAGCUGGACUCCUACCGGAAGAAGUGAAGUCCUACAAGUUCUCCGACAAUGGCCACUUGGAAGUGUUCCUCGACGCGCCAUGCUUGACCAAGUACGAGAAUAGGGUCUACUUCGAGAGCUUUGUAACCGCAAACCUCACCUAUGGAAGCCUCAUUGGUGUUGAGGGUCUUCAGCAAGAAGAGCUUUUUGUUUGGUUGCCUGUCAAGGACAUUAUAGUAAAUGACCCUUCAUCCGGUUUGAUUCUAUUUGAUAUUGGUCUUGCCCAGAAACAACUCUCCAGGUCUCUAUUUGAUAUUCCACCUCGCUGCAAGAAUGAAAAUGGAGGUGGAUUGAGGAAUCAUGUGAGGAAGGAGAAAGGAUUCGAGGCCCUGAGGUAGAACCAAAAGAAAAAUAUAAAAAAAAACGGAAAAGAAAAGAAGAGAAGAGAGAAAGAUACAUGCCACCCUGUUUUCAGGCUUCAGUUAUUGUCUUUUUCUAUGUCAUGUUUAUAUAAUGUUUAACGUUGCAAUUAUAGUGAUAUAGGUGUUUGUAGCGUAGAAGGGUGAGGUUGGUGAGAGAGCAUGUAAAAAUGUGGGGAAGAGCAAGAAAGGGACCAAAAAAGAGGGAGGAAAAAAAUGGGAUGGAAUCUUAUAUGCUAAUCAAAUUUACAAGUUCUAAUCUUCUAA